UAUGGUUACCACCUGUUGGCUGACAGUCCUCUUACUCAUAGGAAGGAGCCGUCUGCUCAGUUAUUAUGUAUUAUUCAGACUGUAGCGAUGGUGAGAAUCCCAGAUGGGACAUUUAUUAUUUAAGCUCUGAUGAGUUUUUAACGGUUCUUUUAAACAUGAUUGGUGGUUAGCGUGAGAAAAGAAAAGUGAGGGGGGGUCAUUGUUUAUCAGGCUUCAGUCUAUCAAUCUUGCCGUUUUUUCUUCCACAAAAAGACUGUCAUUUGAUCAGUGUGUUUGGCUUCUCUUUACUCAUAGUAUAGUAAAACCAACGGACAUGAUUGAUCCUAUAUAGACAAGAAAUUCAGUUGGAUGUCUUUUCUCUUAUAAAUACCUAUUGGAUUUUUUAAAAUGAUAAAAUAAAACAGUGACCAUAUCAGGACAUACAAAAGAUAUAAAUGAGUUCGAUUCAGGAGCGGGGAAGUUUUAUCUUGUCUCUCCGUCUUUCUGCUAGUAUACUUUCUCCUAAUCAGGAUGGGUUUGCCAUGAUAGGUAGAGUCGAAGCAAAGGACCUCCAAAAGUAUCUGAAUUGUGUCUUUAGGGCUGCGAAGCAUUUGUAAUAAUUUAACUCUUACAGGUCGGGACGUCUUCUGACUAGACCCUGCAUUAUUGUUGCAUUUUGUUUUCCCAAUUCACCUGAAAUAUUAUCCACUUGCUUGUGCUUGGACUACAACGGCAUCCUCAAUAUAUAAAACUAAAAUUUUCUUAAAACAUUGGUAGCUAAUACAUGUACAUGCAUGUGGCUUGAACCUAUCUUUUUAGGUUAAAAAUGCUAACUUAUUUAUAAAUAAUAAUAUGAUUUUAAACAAAACUUGUUGCGUCAAAGCAGGGAAUGGGCCCUUGUAAGAGUUAACUGGCUGAGAACCAUGGCUCAACAUACAAAAUGCACUUCUUCAAAGAUUCUAGAUAUCCAACCCAUCAAGUUUAUUUGAUAACAAACAAACGAGCAUAAUAUUUCAUAAUGAUAACAAGAGAAAACUAAGACUUAUCGAUGUUAUCAAAAACCCUGCCGGCAAUCGAGAAAACACGUGAUCAGCUCAUAGUUCAUAGACAGACCGGUUAAAAUAACACACCCCCAAGCAGAACUGCACUUGGCUCGGAGGAUUUCCAUCCAGAUCUCAAUGAGUACGUGCAUCUGUUGAAUAAAUCACAAUGCUGUCAAUGAGAUGUGUCCUGCUGGCGUUUAUUUGUAGCACAAGCAGUUAUGCACUACCCCGGACUCAGAGUGGCGAUGUAAAUCCGUAUAGGAACUCAGGAAAAACAAAAGGUCAGCCAUGGCCGAUGCCUUUGUCGUAUAAACCUACGCCAACCGUCAUUCCUGUGAAUGACAUCGACUUUCAGUUUGUUAACCUGGGUGUCCAUUGUGAGCUGCUGACUGAUGCUUACAAGAGGUAUGCAGAUAUCAUCUUCGGGAGUCGUUCACGCCGCUCUUUGAAGUUCAAACCAGAUCGAGAUGUGGCUGGCGACUCCACUGUUAGUGUUCUUCAAGUGAACGCUAUCUCCGGAUGUCAUGGGGGCCUCAGCAUCGACUCGGAUGAAUCAUACACCUUGUCCAUCUCACCGGGCAAGGCUUUGUUGACUUCGAACGAGACAUGGGGCGCGAUCAAAGGCCUGGAGACCUUCAGCCAGCUCAUCUAUCAAACAAGUUCUGGACAG